AUGCCCGGGCAUCUCAGCGUCCUCCAGGCGAACGUGAACCACUCCGCCGGGGCACAGGACCUUUUCCUGCAGUCCAUGGCGGAGUGGUGUGUUGACGUCGGGAUCGUCGCCGAGCCAUAUGCCGUGCCUCUUUGCCCACAAUGGGCGGGAGACACCGAGGGCUUGGUGGCGAUUGUAGUGAGGUCUGGAGCCGGACCUUCUCUCGUCGUCAAGGCGAGGGGUCACGGGUAUGUGGCGGCAGUGCGGGGAGGGGUGGCUUUCGUCGGAGUCUACUUCUCCCCGAACCGUGACCUGGCGGCCCUGGAACGGUUUCUCGACGCACUGGGGCCACUGGUGGGGCAGCUAGCUCCCCUUCAGGUGUUCGUAGCCGGUGACCUCAACGCCAAGUCCACGGCUUGGGGGAACCCGGUUACGAACCCAAAAGGAAGGGAGGUUGAGGAGUGGGCGCUUGCUGCCGGACUGCCCCUGCUCAAUGUGGGGACAGUCCAGACGUGCGUGCGUUGGUCGGGAGGUUCCGUGGUGGACGUCACGUUCGCCACGCCGGCCAUCGCACGCAGAGUGGAGGGAUGGAGAGUGGAGACGGAGGUGGAGACUCUCUCGGACCAUCGAUACAUAAGGUUCGAGGUGUCUCCAGCUCCCGUUCGUCCGGCGUCGUUGUCGUCGUCAACGUCGUCCAGGGGACGUAGUCAGUUUCCGCGUUGGGCACUCUCGAAGCUCAACCGGGAACUGGCUGAGGAGGCCGCAAUCAUCGGCCGCUGGAGUCUUCCGCCGAUGUUGGAGUUUGAGGUGGAUGAGGCGGCUAACCGGCUCUGCGACGUAUUCACUGCUGUCUGCAGAGCGGCCAUGCCGCUCGCGAAGCGUCCACCCCUGCGGCGGGCGCUCUAUUGGUGGUCGUCCGAGAUAGCCGGUCUCCGGGCCGCCUGCAACGGGGCCAGGAGGCAAUAUACUCGGAGCAGGCGGAGACGUCCCCAGGACGUGGAUAGGGACGACAGGCUGCGCAGGAUCUAUGUGGAGAAAAGGAAGAUCCUGCAGCAGGCCAUAUGCCGAGCCAAGGAAGAGGCCUGGCUGGAGUUAGUUGGCGGUCUGGAG